CGAAGGUAAUUUAAACUUUCAUACCAACGACAAGUUGUGCAGUAUUGAACUGUAAUUGCACUCUACAUAUAUAAAAGCAAAGAAUUUAAUUGAUGGUAUAAACGUGACUUCAAAUAUUAUUCAAUAUUUUAUUAUUUCAUUAAUAAAUUCGAUGGUUUUAAUGCAAUCGUUUAUGAUCAGUAUACUUCUAUCAUUUUUAUCAUUAACUGAAUGUCAGAACGAAAAUAUUCCGAUAAAUCUCAAAAUAACUUCACCUUCAAUUUUGCCGAAUUCUCAACUUGUUUCUCCUGAAAAAUCGUUAAAUAAUUUUGCUCGACGUUUUCUUGAUGAUCAAAUUAACAUUGCUAAUCUUGGACUCAAGCUGUUUCAAUCUGAUGGAGAUUUUGAUUCUUACAAUGGAAAUAAUAACAUAAAUAUAAAUAGCAAUCGGAAUACAAAUUUUCCUUGGAAGAAAUUGUCAAGGAAUAGAUUCCACAGAAAAUCGAGAGAUCGAUCGUCUUCGAGGUUACAAGAUAUGCAACAACAACAGUUACAGCAGAUUUUCCGGAUUAUGAUGCCCGAAGGAUCUCGGUCUAAUCGAGAUUUCGAUUUAUCACAACUAAAUAAAGAUUUUAUACCGAGUAAUAAUGGAUAUUAUCGUCGUAAUAAUGGAAUAAGGAAUCCGACGUUUGAUAAAAAUUGUCAUAACAUUGAAGACGACGAAACAUACUCGAAAAAUAUUUACUCGACAUUUGUGCAACGAAUAAAAUCGAUCCGGCAAGAGUUGGAAAAUAUUGAAGAUGAGUUUAUUCAAUGUUGUAAUAGAUUAUAUGAAAAUGUGACUUGAUAUUGAAGAUUUGAUAAAUAAACACGUCACCUUGUACAGAUAA